AUGAACACUUCGAGACAGUUCAACCUCGUUGACCGUUUCCUAUCAUCCAAUUACCCUAUUGAUCGCCUCACUAUCGAUUUUUCAGACAAUGCUAAUGUCCAUGACUGCGCUGUCUACAUCCGCUCACAACUGCGCGAACUGAAGGAUCGUGGCUUGUUCGUUUGGAUCGGUACCAUCUUUCGCUACGUGAAAGUUGCUAGCGGUGAGCUUGCGAGGGCGCUAAACACACUUCUCAAUCCCAGCGUCAACCAAUCGAAGGUCUCCGCUGAGAAAGUGAUGGAUGCGCUAUAUACGAGCAUCUUAGAGAAGUGCGAUCGGGAGUACAAUGAUUUUGUGUAUGACGGCCCCAUUGUGAUGGGAGCAAUCCUAAGGCCACUAGCAUGGGAUGUCAUUCCGUCACCGCUCCUGAAAUCAUCCGUCCGGUAUAUGUUGGCCGAACUUACACCCCUCCAGGAGUCGAGGAGUCGAGGAAAGCCACUAGAGGCACCCAAUAGGUCUGUUGCCAUAUUUCUCAACGAGCAAAUAGUGUACUGGGUGGAAGUCUGUAUGAGGAUGGAAGGUUACAUCAGCAUAUCAUCGUUCCCUGAAUGGGCCAAGUUGAGCGUUGAUCUUGGGUUCUUUUCGAGAUUGCAGAAGGCGUUACACCCCAAGUUUGGCUCGAGCGCUAGGAAUCUUUUUGCGUUACUGCACAAACUCGGACGGCAUUCCAAGGCGCUCGUGAUGAUCGAGGAAAGUGUAAGACAACUAGUUGCCAUUCACCCGACAUCAUGCACCUCAGAUUUCACUCGAGCGCUCGAGUCUCUUUUUGUAUCACUCCACAACCUCGGACGGCAUUCCGAGGCGCUCGCGGUGAUCGAAGAAAGUGUCAAACUCUGGCGCUCGAGAGUCUCGAUGUAUCACCCACCAAUCUUGGACACCCUGAGGCGUUCCUCAUGA